AUGGCAGUAACUAUCCCAGGUGGACAGCGAGCGCCCAUGCGGCCUCAAAACCCAGCCGCCUUUAGCGUUGUCGCCGGAGCAGCUGCGGCAUGGAUGAUCUUCCGAUGGUACUCGCCCUCGAAACCGGAGCCGAAAGCACUCCCCUUCCCGUACGAAGAUGCGGAGGACGUUAUACAGUCCAAACCAAAGAAGAAAGGUCCAACCAGAAUUCCCUGA